CUGCUCUCCUCAGCCCAGGUCGCCAAAGACGAGAACGGCCGCCCCUUCAUCAUUGUAAGAGACCAGGGCAAGAAGAAGAGACAACACGGAAACGAGGCCGUCAAAUCCCACAUCCUCGCUGCAAAGACGGUCGCUGGUAUUGUGCGCACCUCUCUCGGUCCCCGUGGUCUCGACAAGAUUCUCAUCUCUCCCGAUGGCGACAUCACCGUCACCAACGACGGCGCUACCAUCCUUUCUCAGAUGGAAAUCUCCAACCACGUCGCCAAGCUACUAGUCUCCCUUUCUCAAUCUCAAGACUCGGAAAUUGGUGAUGGUACCACCGGUGUCGUUGUCCUAGCUGGCGCUCUCCUCGAACAAGCCGCCGACCUUAUCGACAAGGGCAUUCACCCCAUUCGCAUUGCUGAUGGCUACGAUGCCGCUUGCGAGGUCGCCGUCAGCCGCNNCCUCGACCAAAUCUCAGACACUAUGCCAUUUGACAAGGACAACACCGAGAACCUCUUCAAGGUCGCAAAGACCAGUCUGGGAAGCAAGAUUGUCAGCAAAUCACACGACCAAUUCGCUCAGAUCGCUGUCGACGCUGUCAUGAGUGUCGCUGAUCUUGAGCGUCGCGACGUCGAUUUCGAGCUGAUCAAGGUCGAUGGAAAGGUUGGAGGUAGCCUCGAGGACACAUUGCUCGUCAAGGGUGUUAUUGUCGACAAGGACUUCUCACACCCGCAAAUGCCUUCCGAGGUCAAGGACGCCAAACUCGCCAUUCUCACCUGCGCCUUCGAGCCCCCAAAGCCCAAGACCAAGCACAAGCUCGACAUCACCUCGGUCGAGGAGUUCAAGCGCCUACAAAACUACGAAAGCGAGAAGUUCGCCGAGAUGAUUCAACAAAUCAAGGACACUGGCGCAAACGUCGUCAUCUGUCAAUGGGGUUUCGACGACGAGGCCAACCACCUUCUUCUCACAAACAAGCUGCCUGCUGUACGAUGGGUUGGUGGUCCCGAGAUUGAGUUGAUCGCCAUUGCCACAAACGGAAGAAUAGUACCGAGAUUCGAGGACCUGAGCGCCGACAAGCUUGGAACUGCUGGUGUUGUCAGAGAAAUGACCUUCGGUACCACUAGAGAAAAGAUGCUCGUCAUCGAGGAGUGCGCCAACAGCAGAGCUGUUACCGUGUUUGUGCGUGGUAGCAACAAGAUGAUCAUUGAUGAGGCCAAGCGUUCGCUGCACGAUGCGCUCUGCGUCGUCCGCAACCUGGUUCGCGACAACAGAAUUGUGUACGGUGGUGGUGCCGCAGAAAUCGCCUGCUCACUAGCCGUUGAAGACGCUGCUGUCAAGUCUCCUGGCCUUGAGCAAUAUGCCAUGCGCGCCUUUGCAGACGCUCUUGACAGUGUGCCUAUGGCACUCGCCGAGAACUCCGGUCUCAGCCCCAUCGAGACAUUGGCCCAGAUCAAGAGCCGACAGGCAAAGGAGGGCAACUCAAGAUUGGGUGUCGACUGUAUGCAGACCGGCAGCAAUGACAUGAGAGAAAACUUCGUCAUCGACCCCCUGAUCUCCAAGAGACAGCAACUUCUCCUGGCUACACAACUUUGUCGCAUGGUGCUCAAGGUUAACAAUGUCAUCAUUGCCGGAAGCGAUGAGAACGAUUUCUAG